GGGCUGGCCGGAGCACAGUGGCCGUCUCUGCUAACGUUGGCCGCUCAGACGGAGCAAAUAUUGCCGAGCGAAGCUUGACGCCGCCAGCUUACAAGUCGGGAAAAAAUGCGACGCCCUCCCUUCACCGUUCAAACUUGUUAUCGAGCCUUUCAGCGUGGUGUGUCUGCGUUUAUUUUCUUGUAGACUUUAGUGGCCGACGUUGAAAAUAAUAAUGGAGGCUCGUUGGCGCCCCCGAAAGGGGGCCCCCGAGAGCACUUUAAAUAGCAACAACUUGCUAGCCUUUGUGUUUGUAUACUGACAAACUAGCACAGUUGGGUUAUCGGAUGUCAAAAAAUGGAGUGCUAACAUGGCUGCUGGCAUGCGAGGGCCUGCGAUUGGCCGGCCGGUGAAAUUUGCCAAUGAGGAGCAGAGGGCGGUUCACUCCUGGUCCAGGAUUGCAUCUGCUGGUCACAGUGUUCUUUUGGAUGCUCUGAAGAUCCUCAGCCCGAUGUCCCGAGACCUCUCAAGCACAGAAGAAUUGGUCACCUUCUUGCAAGAGCUGAGCGAGGAGGGCCACAAGCCCACUGUGUUGCGUAGCAAGGAUGUGUAUGGCUACCGCUCCUCCACAAACCAGCUCCUAACUGAAGACAUGCUCAAACCACCCAACCGGAAUGUCAGGCCUAUGGCCAAAAAGAGGCGAAGGGUUAGAGUCAAGAAAAGAGAGGUUCACCCUUCAUGGAACGUCUUUGAAAGGGGCAACCCCAGAAUCCAUGGGAUUCCGCCUCCUGAGCUACUGAUGGACCAACGUGCUGUUGUCUACAACAGGACGCCUGUUCGAACUUCAGCGAUAUCGGAGCCGCCCCCCAUGCAGUCGUGCCUCAGACUGACGAAUAUCAAAGGUCUGUCUGGCUGUCACACGGCCAGGCUCCAGAUCCAAACUACGUGGGACUUACCCUGUAAGACACCCCCAGCUGUGUUUUUGCAGAAGCAGCCCCCUCCAGCACUUUCAGGAAUACCUUUGCAGCCUUCCCAGAAUGGUGGUGGGGCGCCCACCAGAGCUGUGGCCUUGUUCAGCCAGAGGAGCCUGUCCUGUCCCGUCCGCCUGGAUGGCGCCCUCAUCGGAGAUUCUGCGCCAGUAUUCUACGCUAAUGGCCGAGCUUUCCCACAGACUCAUACAGACCUGGGCAGCAAUGGUUGGAGAGGCAAUGGUCUCCACCAGAAUGGACUGGGCCCUAAAGAACUAACUAACCCGACCCAGCAAAGAAACCGUUGGAAAGAUAAGAGGCGUUUGCGAUCUAAAGUCAUAAAGGUCGAUGACUCUCGCUCAGUGGAUGAAGCCCGAUGGAAAGCUCAGAAAAUUUUACAGGUCAACCUGUCCCCAGUCAUCCAGAUCCAUCCUAUCAACCACGUGCUCAGAGACUUCAGAUACCAGAAGAACUGACGGUCCUUCAACCACACGUUUUGUUAGUUAGUGUCUUACAUCCUUCAGUUUCUACCGGGAUACCAGAUGUCUUUCAUGGUUUUUGAAAUGUUGCAGAGGAAACCCAGGUAGGUUUUGAAAGUUCUCUUCCCUGUUGGCCACUUGAAAGGCUUUAGAAGUCGGGAGUUGCUUUUCCUAGCUGGCUGGGAAAUGACUUUCCACCGAAUGCUGGUACUUUGUCACUCCACACAGUUACUGCAUUCUGCUUUCAGUUGACAAGAUGUCGGCCAAUGUUUUCUCUUCCGUUUUCACGUUGACUGCUAGGUUGAUGGCAGUUUUCUGAUGGUCUUAAUAUUUUACCAUUAUUUUGUUUGGAGCACCAUUCUUUUUUUAGUAUUCAAAAUUCCAUUGAAGAAUAGCACCAUUUGGUUUAAAGAUGAAAGUAUUUUUUUGUGUAAUGUCUUGCAGCAGUGAGGCCAGUGUGCUUCCUAAAGACUUGGUCUCCAAUAAACAAAGAUCCUAAAUUGUUGGAGAGAAUGAAUUUUGUCUUCCUUUUUUAUUUGUUUAACUGUAAAAGGCAGGGGGCUUCACCUUAGCAGGGAAAGUAUAGUCCUUCACAAAGUGUUCCUUUUUUGUUCAUGGAAACGGUAGUAUUGUGGACUCAUGGUAGUAGUGAAUCUGCUUGUGGUCCACAGCGUACGAGAAGGGACAAACUGGCCAUCAGAUUCUGAUCCAAAUUGUUUUAUUGUUUUGUCUUUUUAAUUUGACAAAUGCUGAAAUCAUAUUUUUCUGAAUCUUCCACUUCCCAAUUUUUUACACCUCAUGACAACUCAACAGUUCAGUUUUUCUGUUAAGACAAAAAUGUUGAAUGUGGCUUUUGUGUGAAUGCAGUUUUUUUUUUUUUAUUAUUAUUUGCAGGUGCUUACUGCAGUUGGUGCUCAAAAGCUUCAGAAAUGAAAUAUUUAUAAACUUCCCAUUGGCCUUUCCCUAGGACCGAAAGUGCUGCUGCCCCUGGCAGUUUGGGAGUAGCAUGUGCUUUAAAAAGGUUUACAGUGUGGCCAAGUACCCAGCAGUGAAAAAAUGUAUUUAUGGCAAACCAAAAGAUAGUAAAUUUGCUUCCCAAAUAAUUUUAACAUGAGACCAAGCGGUGAAGUCUGAAAUUGUAUGUGUGCAUAUAAUGUGCGUGAAAUAUACGCUUGCCAGCGUCUCAGAGAACAUCAGUUGGGUUACCAAAAGCUCCAAACAUGCUGCUUAAGUUCCAAGCAGCAGAAAAAAAAUAUUUUGAAAUCCAAAUACUAAUAUAUUAGCAGUAAAACGUUGUAUGUCAGCAUUUCCUAGUUUGUGUGCGAGUGUUUUUUUAUUUUUAUUUUUUUAAGGGAUCAUCAAAUCAAAAAAAAAUUUCCGGAGGGUCACUGUGUCCCGCUGCCUGUCUUCUAGCUUUGCAGACCUACCCAAAACUUUGUUUGUUUUAUUUUUAUAUAUCUCUUGGAUCAUCUUGUUGGUGAAACACUUGUAAAUUUUUCCUACAUGAGCUUUGAAAAAGUUUUUUGUUCAAUAAACUGAUCUGAAAAGUA